AUCUUUCAACCCGGUAAGAUAGACAUAGAACACACAUAAAUCUGCAUUUUUCUCAACGAAUUUCUGCCCAGAAAAGUCCAAAUCUCUGCUCCGCCUGAGUUCCCAUCGUGCAGAAUAGUGCCAAGCUGUCACCACCUCCAUUUCCACUGUGGCUUCUGCUUUAAGCUCAAUUCUGGGAAACCCUUUGGGAGAGGAUAACAAAGCAGUCCUUUUUAACGAAAGGAAAAAGCUUCCUCACAGAAAAGAUACACGUAUGCAUUUAUAAAGAGUUUGUGGCCUUUUGCUAUUUGUUAUGUUCUCCUUUUGUCUUUGAAAUCUCAUUAAUAUUCUCCUUCUCACUGGUGGGUUCCCAUUCUUAUUAUAUCUUAUCCUAUCUUGUCCUGUUCAACCAUUAAGUUUUGAUGAUGUAGUUAAUUCAAUAUUAUGUAGCAGAUUCUGGGAAUAUAUAUGGUGUGAUUAUAUGGUAGAUCUUUGGGUCUCUGCUUUGUCUGUAAUUUUCAGUAGAUUUUUGUAUGCAAGGUGGUCGUGUUAAUGCCAAAAUAUGCUUCAAGAAGCAGUAAAAUUUUCGAUUAACUAAUAAUUCAUUAAUUCGUAGAGGUCCUUUAUCAAUUUCUUACUCCGUCAGAGUAAAUAUACUACUUUUCUUGUCUUCUCGUUCUUCUUUCUGUUCUGGGCCAAUUCUUCUGAGUUAAGUGCCUGUUUACUGUAAUUUGAUGAACCAUCAUCAACAUCAGCAGCAACAGAUACGGCAAAAUACGCAGAUGCAGCAGCAGGUUGGUUCUGGAUUGAAGCGUUAUCGAUCUGCGCCAAGUUCUUAUUUAACAAGUCUUUCAGAUAUUUCUUCUACUAGUGGUGGAUUUGAAGGAGAUGAUUUUGAUCAGAUUUUUAAUGCUCGAGUUUCGAGUCCUGAAACACAGCAAAUUUUUGAGAGAUUCAUGAAUAGUGUUGAUACCAUUGGGCACAACUACUCAUCUAAUAUGAGUCUGCAAUCACAAUCCCAAUCACAAUUUGUGCAACCAAUCAAGAAUGAAACUGAUGUUCAUCAACCACAGCAACAAUUGCAGAAGCAGAAGAGUAAUGAUUAUUCUUCAGCUUCCCAGAUGACGUAUCAGACCCAUAGUUCAGGGAAUGCAAGUUCUUCUAUGGACAAUUCUUUUAGCAGAUUGCAUGGUUCAAUUAACUCAGAUCGUGUUGCGCAUAUGAGAAUGGAUGGUGGUGUCUGCAGUUCAAAUCUCAUUCGACAAAGCAGUAUGCCUGCUGGAUUAUUCGUUAAUAUAAAUAUUGAUAAUGAAUUUGGAGCGAUGAGAAGCCUGGGAAAUUUUGAAGCUGGUAAUAGUGGUCGUGCAGAAGCGUUAUCUUCCUCUGCUAGUAGGUUUAAGAAUCAAAUGGUUUACCCCUCAAUGCAACGUUCCUCUUUGGGGAUGAUGAUUCCCAUUUCCGAAAUUGGGAGUAAAAGCAUUGGAGAAACUCGUCCAGGUGACGGACAUUUUCAGGAAGAUCGUGCUAAUGAUGACAACUAUGCCACAGGUUUCCCAGAAGUUUCUUGGAAUGAUUCAUCAAUGCUGUCCGAUUAUUUUAUGAAAGGGCUAGGAGAUGAUGAAACUAAGACAGUUUCAAAUAUAAAUGUCUCAGAUGAUCAGAAUUCUGAAGAUGGAAAUCGUCCCACUACUCUAUUGUCCCACCAUCUAAGUUUGCCUAGUAGUACUGCCGAGAUGUCUGCAAUGGAAAAAAUGUGGCAGGAGUCGGUACCUUGUAAAAUAAGAGCAAAACGAGGUUGUGCUACUCACCCACGUAGCAUCGCGGAAAGGGUGAGAAGAACACGAAUUAGUGAACGGAUGAGGAAGCUACAAGAACUUGUUCCCAAUAUGGAAAGGCAAACGAAUACAUCAGAUAUGUUAGAUUUGGCUGUUGAUUAUAUUAAGGAUCUUCAGACACAAGUAAAGACCCUUUCAGAUAAGCAUGCAAAGUGCUCUUGCUCAGCUAAACUAAAGUCAUAGACAAAAGGCCCCAGCUGUAGGACUUCAUCCCGAAAGAACAAAAGGAGUCUAAAACAGAGAGGUACUUGAUUUUCUCCAGCACCUUUCGGAAAAGAAGUUAUUAGGUUAGCAUUUUGAUGGGGGUGAAGAAUAGAGAGGCCUAAACUGAUGUAUUAUAGAACCAAUAAUGGAUUGUUCAAGGAGUAUGGUUCAAAACUGAAUAAUGUUGAAAAAGAAAGAAGCCAUUGUACUUUCAUACCAAACUUAUGUAUUUGUGUAUAAUAUUUAUGUGGCUUCUUAUGCUUCGGUUGAGGAACUCGACCAACUCUUUCAUAACAAAUGAGUCUAAUGAUGAAAAGCGUUUAGUUUGA